AUGCCUUCGAACGAGAAAAGAAGUUCCAGGAUUACUGUCGCAUGCGGCUCUUGCAGAACCAAAAAGCAAAAGCACAAAGGCCAGUCUGUCGACAGUGUCUCGAAUACAAUCGGCCAUGUGAAUGGCCUGAACAAUUACGCCGGACCCGCAAAGGGACAUGUCGAAUCAUUGGAACAUAGGCUUCAAAUUACAGAAGGGUUGCUAUUAAGGCUUCUUCCUGAAAUAUCAGAUGCACGAUUAAAGUCUAUUCUACCUGACCAGACGAACAGUGGGCUAUCAUAUGCGCCACUGGCAAGAUUAGAAAAACGAGGAAUAGAAGAUUGGUCCCAGUACCCGCUGGACUCUUUCAAGAAUAUUCGGGGGUGGCAACAAGCAUGUAUCGGCCAGAGCAGCGACGAUAAUAUUUAUCCCCACGAGCCUGUCACUUCGACGAAGACCAGGGCGUCUCGAGGCAUCAAAAGGAAAUUACCCAUGGAAAUUGAGAGUCACAGCCCUCCUCAAAAACGGGAGAUCUUGCCUGCAGGGCUUAAACAAGCGGAUCAGGGCUCAAUUCCAAAAAAAAGAACUCUUUCCAACUCUCACGAGGAGCUACCGCAAUCCUCUCAACCUUUCCACUGGGAAAUGCAGCCUGACAGUGAUCCGCCUGCUCCGACCAAACCGAAGACGAUUUCGCAAUUCUUCUGGUGA